AAGUGGACACACCCCGAACUGAAUCACUAGGGUUAACUCUGUUUGGCUAGAGAAGUAAAUGGGGUCCGCACGUCCAUUAACAGUAUACGUCAUCAUCCAGUUUUCGGAAUGUGAUUGUAUCCUCAUUUGUUUAUUCACUCUUCAGGUUUACUACAAUCUUGCUGAUCCACACCAGGUCUUAUUAGAGCCAAGGACUAGUUAAUUGUUAUGUGGAGUGAUCUUUGGCCCAAGUUCUACCUGAAUAGUUCAGGUUGAUUUCCACAUUCACCCCAAAAAAAGUCAACCAGGUCUAUUCUGAAUAGCGCCAUUAUACAGUAGCACAAUGAGCCAUUCUCCUCUGCUUUUCCUCCUGCUCUUGCUCAGUUAUGUUUUAUAUUUAGUGAUCGGGGCUUUCGUUUUCUCCACUUUGGAACAACCCUAUGAGGACCAGCUGAGGGAGAAGGUGGAAGACUUGUGGAGUGAAUUCCUGAAAACACACCAUUGUCUCUCUGAGGAACAUCUAGAUGACUUUCUCCGGAAAGCAUUGUUUGUCAGGAGCUUUGGUGUGUCAGUCCAGCGGAAUAUAUCUGGUUUUGAGGUCAAGUGGGAUUUUGUAUCUUCUCUGUUCUUUACUGGUACCACGCUCACCACUAUAGGUUACGGUCAUCCGGUUCCCAUCUCCCUAUGUGGAAAGAUAUUUUGCCUGUUUUAUUCAGUCAUUGGAAUCCCAUUCACUUUAUCUGUAUUGUCUAUUGUUGCUCGGAACCUUCUCUUUCUACUUCGUGACAAGCCCAUCCGUGUCCUUCACCUGCAGUGUAACUUUGCCCGUAUCAAGCUGGAGUGGAUCUACGCUGCCGUCGUAGUCUCCUUCCUCUCACUUCUAUUCUUCUUCAUUCCUGCAGUGGUUUUCAAUGCUAUUGAAGAAAACUGGGGCUAUAUUGAUGCUCUUUAUUUUUGCUUCAUUUCGUUGAGUACCGUUGGCCUUGGCGAUUAUGUUCCUGGUGAGCAAAGUGGCCAGCGAAUGCCCGCUCUGUACAAGCUUCUGGUUAUCUGUUAUUUAUUAGUCGGGAUGAUUGCCGUGUUUAUUGUGGUUGAAAUAUUGAAGAGUCUUCUGAACUGUGACCGGCUUUUCAAUCUGUUCUUAUUUGGGUGUGACGACAGCCAGAGAGCUGAGGAGAUGGAACGUAAUCCACCAUAUGACUCAGAGUUUCCUUAUGUGCAGAAGCAUGAUGAAACGAGGAGGAGGAGGGUUCCGCACUCAGUAUCUCCCACUGAGAAGUCGUAUGGGACCAUCAACCCAUCUUUUAGCUGAUGGUUCUAAUUUUUCACUUAUUUGUUUCCCUAUAAAGACCAUUUACCACUGGGAUGAACAUGUUUAAUUGCUUUAACCUUUUUGCUCUAUUAGUUGGUACAUGAGACUGAGAUACAGAUUAUAAUGUUUACCUUUCUAUUAAUAGCUUAGAUAGUGUCUGAUUAGUAUGGUCCCUUCCAUUGGAUAGCUUGUCCCAGUUUUCUAACACUUAAAACAUUCAAUGUCACUGAAUGAAAAUGUAGAAUUUUAACUUUUUGCUCCUUAAAAAAUGAAUGGAACGUCAAGACAAGAGGGUCUGUUUGAUUUCCAGAAACAGUACUACUUGUGCAGUAUCUGGAAUUGCAGCUCAUCCCAAUUCAAGUCAGAGUUACAAUAUCAGAUACAUCCAAUGGGUAAGAGUAGUUCUCUUUCUAGGAAAAAAUGUAUAUGCCAUCACUGUACUGCUAAGAGUAUCCCCCUGGGACACCCACUGAUCCUGUGAAUGAAGGACCAUAGCACUGAUUUAGUGUUGUGUUCCCUUCUGAGUUCUGUAUACAUUGCAGUGUGUCGGCCACCUGGCUUUGCAGUAAACUGCAGUUGGUUGCACGGUAGGUGGCCAGGACACUGUUGUCAAGUCAACUUAGUGUUACACCAACACAGCUGGCUCUUCAUUCUCUGAAAAUGUGGUGGUUCCAUUGGAAGGGCUUCAUUUGAUCAUAAAGUGAUGGCAGAUACUACCAAUAGGAAUACUCCUUUAAGACAAAUAAGUGGUCUGUAGCCCUUAUUAAUUGCAUUUUUUCUGAGCAAAAUGGGCAAGGCUAAUGGGUCUGAUUUGGCACUUAUAGUGACAUUUGCAUGUAACAUUAAAAUAAUAUUUUGCCUUUCCUGUUUUGUCUUCAUGUGUCUUUUAAGAACAUUUUAGAUUUUGAUUUGGGCCAAUCUAUAUGGUA